AUGCAGCCACCCCAGCCCGUCUCUCCUGCACUCCUUCCACUCCCCCCCCUCCGGCCCGCCCCUCUUCUCUCAAGAUCGCUCCCACCGCUUCCCCUCUCCCCCCUUCCCUCCCCUCCCCCGUUCUCCCUCCCCCAGCCGCUGUUCCCCCCGUGCAGCCACCCCAGUCCGUCUCUCCUGCACGCCUUCCGCGCGCGGCACCUCUUCCCCCCCUCCGGUCUGCCCCUCUUCUCUCCAACGGGCGCCUACCUUUCCCCUGAGCAAGGAGAGCAAGGAGACGCAGAGGGAGCAGUGGGGGUGCCUAUGGGGCCUAUGGGAUCUAUGGAUGGGCGGUUGAAGCAUGAUUGGGUGGUGGUGGUGGCGGCUCCCCCGUCCCGUCUGCCCACAGUGCAAGCCGCUGCGCUGGCUGCAGCGCUGCGUGCGGUGAAGUGGAUACUGAAGCAGCUCUAUACCGAGGAUAGAGUCGCCGUGUACAGACGUAACAUGCCACUUUUAGAAGCCAGGGCGCUGUUCCAACGAGCUCUGCUGUUCGUUGCCUGUGAUAACGCCCUUGUGAAUAUCCUCUUCAUGCCCUCUUCCCUACCCAAUCCUCCUGUCCCAUUCCCCAUGCACCCAGCCAGGGCGCUCACCUCACAUGCCUUCCCUCCCGCCCUGCCCCUCCCCUGCCCCCACCCAGCCAGGGCGCUGUUCCAACGAGCUCUGCUAUUUGUUGCGUGUGAUAACGCCCUCGUAAACACCCUCUUCAUGCCUUCCCAUUCCUCUGUCAUCGAAAUUCGCACCAGCACCAGCAGCAGCAGCAGCGGUGCAGAUUCAGUGUAUCCGGAUGGGGGAAGGCAGCUGUACAGAAACUUAGCGUUGGCAGCCGGUGUGAGGCACUACCUAGUGGAAUGCCCAGAGGAACCGGUAGAGGAGACAGCAGAUUCAGGGGCAGGGAGCGGUGGAGGCCGGUGGGGAGAGGUUGGGAGUGGUGGCGGUGGUGGUGAUGGUGAUGCUGGCGCUGGUGCUGGUGGUGCUUCGGGGGUUGCAUUUUGGGAGGAUACGGAGGAGGAGGAUUGGGAGAAAGGUGGUGGGUGGUCAGUGUACUUGCGUCAAGGGUCCCUUGCUUGCGGUGUUGAGCGGUUGAGAGCGGUCCUGGAAAGUGUUCUCCACGAUGGGUUUGCUUCGGAGAGUUUUGACCCGAACCUCCUUGACAGGUCUGGGGAAGGGUUCGGGACGAAGAUUCCAGGCAGCAAGGUCAGCCGGGCAGGUUUGAAAGAAAAGUUUCUGAAAUGGCAGGAGUGUGUGGCAGCAGAGGGCAGCUGGAAAUUCGACCCGAGGCCGAGGCGAUUACCCUGGGAAUUCAAGGGAUACUCGAAUUACUGCGACAAAAGGCACAUGGCAGCAUCCCCUACUGCUGUCGUAGUCUCCAAAGCAGAUCAAAUCGCAGAUUCCAUUAUGAAGCUUCCUCCGGAAGAGAGGAAGGUGCGGCAGGAGGAGUGGGACGUACGGCCCCAGCUGAAAUACGCGUGGGACACGGAGGGUAAGUGUGGGGCAUGGGAGGCUUUUGAUGGCCGAGUGGUGUGCGAUUGGGUGAGAGGGAGGAGGUGGAAUGGAACAGGAAUGCCGUUGACAGAAGAGGAGGAGGAGGAGAGGGAAGAAGCGGCUUUCAAAGGGGAGGCUGUGAGGGAGAAGGGCGAUGGGAGCGGCGCUCUUGUACUCCUUAUAGGUGAUUCGUUACAGGAGCAGUUUGUGCGCGUGCUGGUGAACAACAUGCUUACGCAUGUAAAGAAACCCGCCACGUGGGCCGUGGAGGAAACCAUUCCCAAGGAAUGCAGCGAACUCAUCGAACCCGACCAUGCAAGGCACUCUUUCUGCCGAGACUACAAGCUUCACAGCAACGUGUGCGCCAAUCUCACCAUCCGGUUCAUUCGCCACGACUACCUUCAGCUUUCCAACUCCCAGAUCAAGUUCGACCGCGUCCCCUUCGCCCGCCUCUCUAUACUCGCUGGCGCCCGCGUGGUUAUUCUGAAUCGCGGCGCGCACUACCGCCCGGACCGGCACUUCAUCUCGGCCGUCCGUUCAACUUUAAGAUUUCUCCGGAACAAGCUCCCGGACGCGCUCUUGAUCUAUCGUACCACCGUGCAAGGCCAUGCCAACUGCUCGGAACAUGACAAGCCGCUGCUCGUGCCGGGUCCCACCGACAACCUGCCGUUCUUCUGGGGGAAGUUUCACGAGCAGAACGAGCUGGCACGGGCGGCGGUGGAGGAGGUGGGCGGCGUGUAUUUGGAUGUAGCGGCAAUGACGGUGCUUCGACCGGACUCGCAUCAGGGGUUCAUUCCGGAGUUGAAUCACGAGGACUGCUUGCAUUACUGCAUUCCCGGCCCACAGGAUGUGUGGGCUCAGAUGCUGCAGAACGUGCUGCUGCAGCUGCUGCCAGAACCGGCACCUGCUGCUGCUGCUGCUGCUGCUUAG